CCUCCUGCCUGCACGCCCAACCCAACACCGCGCUCGCCGCUCCAAGCGGAUACGCUAGUUGCAGCCGCAGCCACGCGCACGCUCCGCCGGCGUGUCGUGGCAGGGAGAGGGAAGGGAGGUCGGCCGCGGUCUCCGUCGAUCGAAUUCCAGCGGGCGCGAGGAUAGGUAGUGCUCCAGGCACGAGUUGGAGCUAGCUAGGGAGGAGGCAGGCGACCGAGAGGAUGGGGAGGGCGCCGUGCUGCGACAAGGCGAGCGUGAAGCGGGGCCCGUGGUCGCCGGAGGAGGACGAGCUGCUGCGGAGCUACGUCCGCAGCCACGGCACCGGCGGCAACUGGAUCGCGCUCCCGCAGAAAGCAGGGCUGAACCGGUGUGGGAAGAGCUGCAGGCUGCGGUGGCUCAACUACCUCCGCCCGGACAUCAAGCACGGCGGCUACACCGAGCAGGAGGACAGGAUCAUCUUUUCCUUGUACAACUCCAUCGGAAGCAGGUGGUCCGUCAUCGCGUCGAGGCUGCCCGGCCGGACCGACAACGACGUCAAGAACUACUGGAACACCAAGCUCAAGAAGAAGGCCAUGGCUAUGCAUCACCAGCCGCAGCCGCAGCAGCAGCAGCAGCAGCAGCACUACCACCAUCAACGACAGCAACACCGUGGCGGCGCCGAUGGCGCGCGCGUCACGCUUGUGUCGACUCCGCCCGCACCGCAGAGCCAAUGCGCGUCCAUGCAGCCGUCGCCGGCGUCCGCGUCGUCCGUGGCCACCACCACGAGCGGCGACGCGUGCAGCUUCGGCGUCGCCGCCAUGUACUCACCCUCCCCGUCCCAGGUUCCACAGGCACCGACGCUCGCGGGCUACAACUCCGUGGCGGCGGCAGCGGCUGCAGCUGCUGCUGGCGCGCAGCACUCGCCGCUCGCCGAGUUGAUCUGCCAGGCGCCACCGCCUAUCGCCGCCGACUGCUGGCCCAGCUGCGUGACCCUCGACGAUGUGUUCUUGCCUGAGCUCGUCGGAGCCGGCGAGUUCCCCAACGGCAACCUCUUCGGCGGGUUCGGCCCGCUGCUCCAGGACAGGUCAUCCCUGGAGCUAUCCGCGUGCUACUUCCCCAACGCGCUGGCGGCGGAGAUGUGGACAUCCGCGGACAAGCCGGCCGGGCUGUGCCACAGCCUGACAUGAGGAUCCAUCCACGAAUGGUUGAGUGAAUUCACCGGGACACUAGUACACUACUACCAGUAGUCUUUUAGUUCUUGCGUGGCUGUUUCUUGAUUGAUUAUUACCUGAUCAUCAUUCUCUUUUUUCUCGACGAGAUUAUUACAUGUACAUUAUCCUGUAUGUACGUCGCGACUGCUGUUUCAAAGAGAAGUUAAUUAGAUGUUGAUUGCAAAUUUGUCACUGUUCUU